AUGGCCAUCAAUGUGUACCUGUUACAUGUUCCCACUGCCGUCCAACUUAAUUUCCUUCCAAGUGAAAGGGUUGGUGAGACCGCUUCAUGUUGCGCUGACUAUACUGAUCGUGAGGAGAACCUUGUUGAACAUAACACUGAAGAAGACAAUUCUGAUUUUGUUCUUGAAGCUGUGGGUUACACAAAUGGAGAUCACUCACCUGCUAGCUAUCGGCUGAUGAAAGCUACUGCUCUUGCCCACUGUCUAGACGGUAGGCAAAUUAGUGAACAAGCACCCGCACUUACCAAUCUCAUUCGUAUCUGGAAGUCCAACCCUUACGCAAAACCUUCCAACCAUCAACAGAAAGCUGCUGUCAAGCUUCUUAAUCGUUUAAAAUUCUUAGCCAAGGAUGUGAAGGGUAGUAGUGGCUACAAGCAGUGUUGGUGCAAUGAGAUCUAUAUCAAUCACUUUUUGGUCAGCCUCUUUGGUGACGUGUUGCCCGAGGAGCGGAAAACUUUGAGUAUACUGCAAAGUUUUAUAAACACCAUUUUGAAGUAUGGUAGCAAGCAACCUGGCUUGUUUGGUGUUUGUGACACAUACUAUGGGAUGGUUGAGGCUCAGGGGAGAGACAAGGACUACAAGACCCAGAUUUCCACUUGGUUGGAGUCUAUCAUUCAAUGUGAGCUGCCUGGUAUGAUGGAAGUUGUAAUCGACAGCCCUGACCAUCCACUUCAGAGGCCUCCACGUGCACCCGACCAACUAGAUCCUAGACUUGCAGAUUGGCCGAUAUUGAGUGAAGACAAUGUUCAUUUUGCACAACACUUUCAAGACUUUGUUACUGAUUUAGCGCUCACAUGUAAUUGGCACAAGCAUACGGACAUGUUCUGGAAACACUUGCGACCGGGAGAGCCUUGCAAUGACUCACAUCGUAGGAUGCAAAUAAACGGGUCUACUCAUUCUCUCACUGAACUUGAUAGUGAGACCCAAGGAAUAUUAUUGUGGAGAUUGCACCCAAAGAUUAACAACUUUAAUGACAUUGUCAUCUUCCUACUUAAGUGUAAUAUGGACAUCAAAUAUGUUGGUUCGGGUGAAGCGGCAAAAGCCUUACUUUACUAUAUAAGUGAUUAUAUCACUAAGAGCACGCUCCCCGUGCACGUUGGCCUGGAUGCAUUGCGUUACGCGAUUAAGCAGAACAAGAAGAAAUUUCCCCAAAGUGACGACACUCCUGAGUUGGUGAGGAGUCAAAGUUUGUUCACUAAAAGUGUAAAUGCUAUAAUGGCUCGUCAAGAGAUGUCACAUCAACAAGUCAUGUCCUACCUCAUUGGAGGAGGGGACUGUUAUUGUGUUAUUAGAUGGUCUGAAUUUGACCAAUACAUGUCUUCCCACUUCGCUGGAGACCUUCAGUCUUCAUCCUCUGUAGAAGAUGAUAGUGAUGUCCCUUUUCAUGACAACGCUGGGCACCUACUUCCCUGUGCUGAUGACCAAACUGCACUUACAGAGGAGAUUAGUACAAGGUUCGUCACGAGGAUGGAUGUUUGCGACUACGACCUGGUAGAUCUGCAGCACCCAGAGGGCAAUUCCUGCAUGAACACCCACGGAUGAGAGAACAUCAUCUCAUGCCUGUCCUUCUGGGGCGCCCUCUUCCAAGACCUGAUCGUGAUGGUGAGGAGUUUGAUAAUUGGAGUUGGGCGAUGCUCAUUUUGUUCAAGCCCUGGAGACAUCCCUCCAACUUGAGAUCUACAAACGAGAGUUGGACAGAAGCAUUUCAACAUUAUGAUUUCUCACCUCAACAUAAAAUGCUCAUUGAAAAUGAAUGCAAGGACGUAAGAGACCUACACUCCCACGUCCGUUGAACAAACCCGCAUCAACCUGAACUAUUCACCGCAAUGGAUGGUAUGCAGCAUUCAGAUGACAUUGAGGGUCUCAGAUUCUCUGUUCUAAAUGACCCCUCCCAUUGUGAACGUAUUCUUCUUAACAUGAAUUGCUGUGGAAUUUUUGAUGUCAUUCCCAAUGCACCUGUAAACCCCAAUCUUCACCACUCAACUCUCAUGGCUGAUUGUGACAAAAGGUUAAUAGGUAUGCAAGCAUUGAUGAUGAAAGAGAUCAAGUCAAAAAAAAGACCUACAUCAAACAGACCUUCAAAUAGUGACGACUUGCCACCAACUGGACAUUUGGAGGAUUUUGCUGAGCCCCUCACGCAUGUCACUAAGAUUGCAGGUCCCU